GGCAGCCUGUCCCCCGAGAGACCCCACCACUGGAUCAUGGACCUUCCCAGAACCAGACACAACCCGUGGAGGGGACUGUUCCUUGUGGCUGGUCUGGUGGCCUGCAGUCUCUGCCCAGCUUCUGCCCAAAUCUACAUUAACCCAGAGUUUCUCAAAUGGUUUGUGGGAGAAGAGAGUGAACUGAUAGUCAUGGAUAUGCCCAAGGUCGUCACAGACAUCAGCUGGCACCGUGGCACCCAGCCCAGUGAGGACACCAGGAUCAUCAGCUAUCAGCCCCCCUCCAAGACCUGGGCCCCGGGGCCUGAGUACAACAGCAGGAUGAACGUGACCAGCUAUGGCAACUUGUACUUCAGCAGGGCCGAGUGGGGUGACACCGGCCACUACACCGUCAGGGUGGCCACGGACCGUGAGAAGCAGACAGCAACAGCCUUGUUCCAGGUUGGAGAGCCCAGCGGCAAACCUGGCCUCUCGCUCAAUGCCACCUCCGUAGCGGAGUACUUGGACCCUGUACUGGCCACCUGCCACACCGAUGCCACAAAGGUCUUGUGGCAUGUGAAUUCCCGGCUGGUGUCCAGCAACGACCAGAUGACGCUGUCCCCGGACAACAAGACCCUGACGCUGCACUGGGUCAGACGCUAUGACAGUGUUCAGUGCCAGAUAGUCAACUUCAAGGAUGAAGUCCAGCGGAGUGAGCUCAUUGUUUUGUCAGUGACCUAUGGGCCAUACGAUGUAAGCCUUUGGAGCAAACCUCAAAAUGUAUUUGACACCAUAGGAGCAGAGAUCGGCUCCAAGGUGGAGAUAAAUUGCACCACCCUCAGCUGCUGGCCAAGCCCCAAGUACCGCUGGACCCACAACGGCGCCCCCCUGAGCUACUCGGGGCACAGCAUCACCCUCUGGAGUCUGACCAAGGAGCAGCUGGGCAGAUAUCGCUGUGUGCUGGAGAACCCCGCCACGGGGCUGAGCCUGUACAGGGAAGUGAUUGUGGACAGGCCACGUGACAGCCUUCAGGCUGACAGCAGCUUCCACCUGUCAGGAUACUUCUCGGGGGUCCUGAUCGUGCUGACAUUCCUGGGUGGUGUCUCCCUCUGUGGACUCCUGGCCUUCAAGCUGACACAGCUGUGCUCUGCCAGGAGAAACCCAGUUCUACAAGUGCCCACCUCAGACCUGUAAGACACAACCUGAAUCUACAAG